UUCGAGGCCUGAGGUUUAAGGUGGUGUUUUGUUACGCAGAGAGUUCGACUUCUUGUUUGUCCAAAGCAGAGCACAACUGAUGGCGACUAUAAUAUCGAGCAAGUCCAACCAAUUUCGCUGCGUUGGUCGCAUUCUCUAUUCGCAGAUUCUUCACCGGAGCAGAUCCACUACGCUUUCACCGCCAUCUCCAUCUCCCAGGCAUCUUCAUUCUUCGAAUCUCCCACUCCAUCAGCUGGUUGGACCUCAAGGUUAUGGUAAUGGAUAUUUGGUGUUAUGUCAGAGAUUUUUAUCCAGUACUGCGGCUGGUAAUGCCAAUCAAGAAAGCUCAUCAUCCAAUAGCUCCGCGAAAGAUAAUUCUGACCAAGGAAAAGAAUCUGGGGAAUCGAAUCAGAAGGCGGAUGCUGGAAAGCCCGUACGUGGAGGACCUGUUUCAUGGUUGAGCUUUCUUUUACUGGUUGCCACUGGAGCUGGGCUGAUCUACUACUAUGAUAGGGAAAAGAAGCGUCACAUUGAAGAAAUAAACAAUGCUUCAAAGGCAGUUAAGGAAGGACCUUCUGCUGGGAAAGCUGCCAUUGGGGGUCCAUUCAAUCUGAUCAACCAUGAUGGGAAGCGUGUAACUGAAAAGGACUUCUUGGGAAAUUGGACACUUAUAUAUUUUGGCUUUACUCACUGCCCAGAUAUCUGUCCAGAUGAACUGCAAAAACUAGCUGCUGCAGUUGAUAAAAUAAAGAAGAAAUCUGGAAUUGAAAUUGUACCGGUUUUCAUUUCAGUUGACCCUGAGAGGGAUACUGUUGAACAAGUACGUGAAUAUGUCAAAGAAUUUCAUCCAAAGUUGAUUGGAUUAACUGGUAGCUCAGAUGAAAUAAAAAAUGUUGCACGUGCUUAUCGUGUUUAUUACAUGAAGACAACAGAGGAAGACUCAGAUUAUCUCGUUGAUCACUCCAUAGUUAUGUACUUGAUGGGGCCUGACAUGCAGUUUGUAAAAUUCUUUGGGAAGAACAAUGAUGUUGAUUCUCUUACUGAUGGUAUAAUUAAAGAGGUAAAGAAGUACCGAAAAUAACUUCCAAACCUGUACCACUCUGAAAACGUGGCUUCAUGAUACACCGGCUUCUUUUCCCUUUAAGGUGCUUCUAGAGAACUGAGUUUCAAAUAAGCAACUUACUUGAUGAAAAAUGUUUUUAGAUGUUGCCAUUAUACUUCAAAAUUUUGAGAUAUAAUAAAGAUUAAAUGUAAAGAUCUUGUUACUCAUGUGGAUCUGGAGAUCCAAUGGUAUCGGAAUUGUCAUAUUCACCAUUGUAUUGGCCUUGUUUUAUUGUGAGAGAUCUUGUGGUGAAUCUACUAGAUGUUACGCGUAGUGAGAGCCUACAUUUUAAUUGAGAAUUACUUUUUGCCCUUUUUC